CGCCGCCUGGCCGUCCUGCCCACCCGGGCCGCAGGUAGCAAAGCAAACAAUGGAGACUUUAGAAGAAGAAAGUUUUGGUGUAUCCAUCUCAUCGCCCUCUGAUGCUGAAUUUGAUGCUAUCGUAGGAUAUUUGGAAGAUAUUGUAAUGGAUGAUGACUUCCAGCUAAUACAAAGAAACUUCAUGGAUAAAUACUACCAAGAGUUUGACGACACAGAGGAGAAUAAACUGGUCUACACGCCUAUCUUUAAUGAAUAUAUCUGCUUAGUUGAAAAAUACAUCGAAGCAAAACUCUUGGACAGGAUUCCUGGUUUCAACAUGUCUGCCUUCACCUUGUCCUUACAGCAGCACAAGGAUGAAAUAGCUGGAGACAUUUUCGAGAUGCUUCUCACAUUUACUGACUUUCUGGCAUUUAAAGAGAUGUUCCUGGAUUAUAGAGCUGAGAAAGAAGGACGAGGCCUGGACCUGAGUGCCGGGUUGGUGGUCACCCCUUUAAGCAAGCCCUCAAGGUCACCCCCCCAGAACAGCCUGUGGCAUUAGUCUUUGGCUCCAGAGGAGGGCUGCCUCCCUUGGGAUGUCCCAAAUAUGAAAGAGAGGAAUGAAAGCUCUCCGCAGGCAUGACCUUCUCUUCAGCUCCUUGUCUGGAUGGUCCCCCACCACCAUCUCCCCAUCCGAGCACUUGGACUCUUGCUGUUUCCACCCAACUGGAUUUUACAUGGUGGAGAUCAAUACGUGCAAUCAUUUCUCUGAGGACAUCCUAGCGCUCUCUCUC